UUGUGCACUUGUUAGUCAUGUACAUUUAAUCGAUCGGCGAACAAGCCUAAACUUUAAAGUGUAGUCGGAAAAGUGUUCUUAAAUAUGAAUCUUACAAAAUCAGCUGUUUUAGCUGUAACGAUUUUUAUCAUCGUAUUAAGCCACGUUAAUUGCCAGUCGAAAGACGAAACUACAACAACAAACCCAGAAACGCCAAAGGAGAAAACCAAGGUAAAGGACAGUAAACUGUGUUCCAAAUGCACUUGUGAUUUUGAUAACAAUUUACUGGACUGCGCCGAGAAACUUCAGGACUGGCUAUCUUCUGAGGAAUGGCAAAUUUUAACCAACGGAGAUUUUGUGUUCAAAACGAUCAACCUGGAGCACAACAACUUAACUAGUGUUCCUAUUCUGCCAAAAUAUGAUGUGGAAAACUUGUACUUGGCAAACAACCAAAUAGACUCAAUUGCUGAGGGUGCAUUCCAGAAUUUAACUGAGUUAAGCACUCUUGAUUUGUCGCAUAACCGAUUGACAUCGAAAGUUCUAGUACCAGAUGUUUUCAAAGGACCUUACACAGUCAAUGAUUUCGCAGCGUUGGAAAAAUUGAAAACACUUAAUUUGGGAUACAAUGAUCUGCAUAGCUUGGAUGCAGAUUUGUUUGAGCAUAUUCCCAAUAUAGAGGAACUCAUUCUGUGCUCUAACACGUUCCACGUAAUUGAUAGACUUUCAGAAACGGCCAUUUCCGGAUUAUUAUCCUUGAAGAUUUUGGAUGUUUCUUAUAUGGAAAUCGAUGACUUACCAGACACAAUUCUUCAUGGACCACGAGAUCUGGAAACUCUUAUAGCAGCUGGAAAUCUAUUUCACAAACUACCUAAAGCUCUAGAACGAGCAACAAACUUGACCAGCCUUGUUUUAAAUCAAAACCCCAUUGAAAAUCUGGUUGAAGACAAUGUAUUUCCUUCGUUGACUAAAUUAACCCACCUGAGUAUGACCUUCAUGAGUAAGUUGUAUAAAAUAGGACCAGGAGCAUUUAGUGAAUUGCAAAGUCUAACCGAACUGAUAUUGUCUGAUAGUAAAUUGCUAAAUGAAAUCGAUGGAGAGGCUUUAUCCAAAAAUGUCACUGGAGGCCAGUACUUGGAUUACCCACCAUUGGAAAAAGUUUACUUGAAUAACUGCAAUAUUUCGACGCUGCCAAAAGAACUAUUAGUGCGUUGGGAUAAACUCAAAGCAUUGGAUCUUAGAUUCAAUCCUUGGAAUUGCGACGAUUCCAACGAUUACCUGAUCAACGUCUUAAUAGAGCAAGUCAACAAAACAACAUCCAUUUUGGCCAAAAAUGUCCAGUGUUCCACGCCAAAUGAGUUGAAAGACGUUGAAGUACUAAGAGUAGCAAACGAAAAUUUGAUCGGUUCAAGUGGCAGCAUUAUUUGGGUUGGACUUCUGGUUAUUUUGCUAAUCGCUAUACCAACGAUUAUAGGCGCCUAUGUUAUGAAAAGACGAGGCUGCUUUGGUGUCUUCAGACGCCAUGACAGCGGGGCUAGCAGUGCUCUCUAUAAUAGGACUAGUUUCAAUGAAGAUUUUCAUAUUUAAAUCCCGUUAUCUACUAAUACUAAAAUUAUAAUUAAUUAAAUGAUGCUUUAGUUACAUCACUUUAAA